AUGUGGACCUGGCCGACUCUGGUUCUCCUGCUUUUCCUGACUUUGACCGUUUCGCGUAGCAGGGCGUCUAACUGCUCCUAUUCGGCACUGCUGGGCCACUUGAAGCUUAACUCGUCCAAUGACUUCUUGGCCACUGUCAGGCCUGUUAAGGAUUGGAAACAGGUCACAGUCGUAGAGCUGGACAUGCUGCUUUAUGGCAUCUUACAGGUGGUGUGGAAAAAUGAUUUCCUCAUAUGGAAGCCGUCAAAUUUUUGCGGCAUCAACCAGUUCUCCGUUCCCAGGUCAAAGUUAUGGAUACCGGACAUAAACAUCCAAGAGGACACUUCCGAUAGUGGCAGCAUCAAGAAGAGUUCCUUUGUGACGGUUUACUCCAACGGGAAUCUACAGAUAACGGCGCGUCAGCGGCUGACUUCCACGUGCACCCUGAACCUGUUCAAUUUCCCCUUUGACCGACAGAACUGCGUCAUCACCUUCAGCCCCAUGAACACUGACGUCCAGUCGAUGCAACUCCAGACCCUCAGUGGCGAUGAAUUUAUCAGCAACAUCUCAGAGCAGGCCAUGGUGACUCGUGGGGAGUGGAGUCUCAAAAGAUUGGAAAUCAUCACAAAUGAGACCGGCCAUGGUAGCCCCAGAAUGAGUAAACUCAUUUACCAGGUGAAGCUGGAGCGCAAACCCAUGUUGUAUGUAAUCAACUUCAUCAUUCCGCUUUUGUACCUGCUGGUGCUGGACGUGGCGUCCUUCUUCAUCGGUGAAGGACGCGGGGAGAAAUUGAGCUUCAAGAUCACUAUCCUACUCGCCAUCUCAGUCCUGUUACUCAUUCUCCAGGACAUGCUGCCAUCCACCGAGGACAGCCUGCCCCUCAUUGCCAACUUCUGUGUGGGUGUGUUCGCCCUGGUGGGCAUCAGUGUGCUUGAGGCCAUGGUGGUGAGCUUCAUCAUUGACCUCGAUGAUAAAUUUGUUGGGAAGCCGCAUCCGAAGACCGACCGGGAUGUUUGCUCAGACAAACAAGAGAUGAAAGAUGUGGCGAAGGAGAACGCGGAAGGAGUACCUGUUCAAAACACAGCUCCGUCGGAGCAUGAGCAGCUGAAAGUGUUCCUGCAGGAGGUUCGCGCAGCUCAGCAGGAAGCUGCAAGUGCCGGCGACUUUCCCCGGCGUAAACGCUUCCGCCGGAUCGCUGAAAUCCUCGACCUGGUCUUCUUCAUUGUUUAUACUAUAACUGUUUUGGUUUUCAUGGCGGUUAUGUAUCACAAAUGGAUUCCGGCUGACUUUUUCACCUAA